GAAGAUUUGUUUCAAGUCCUUUGUUCUCCCGUGGUUUAGUUGACAACUUUGAGGAUAUGGCUUAUGAUAUAGGAUAAACAUACACUUUCUAGGUUUGAUUAUAUUUGGAACUCUAACUUGUAGAUGAUUUAAUAGUUGUGUCCUUUUAGUAUGAGUAAGGAGAAUUCGUGGCGAAAAUGGGAGGUUUAUGGUCGUGAAAGAUGUGAAACCAGCAUGUUUGUUAAACUUUUUAGCUUUUAGUUUGAGAAAAUCUGUUCUGGCUUGAAAGAAUUGGUCAAGUAGGGGAGAUAUUAGCUUCAGGUUUCGGAAUGGUGAGUCAUUUUGGUGAAUUGCUGGAGUUUGUUUUUGAAUUGACAGAUGAAGUAAGGUAGAUACGAAAACCGCAUGAAGAAAGAUCUGAAUUUCAACCAAAUCCUCAAGUUUCGAGCUGAAUGCCCACAGAAAUAAAGUAAACAACGCAACUCAAUACAAAAAGAAAACGAAAACAAGAUACGUAUUAGCUCUGAAAGGUAGAGUAGAAGUGGGCACAUGUAGGCAAUUGAUAGACUAGGUUUUUAUAAGCUAAUGCUGGUCGGUUUAUUCGAUUGUUUCCUGCACUAUAAUUCUAUUGCUUUAUUGACUUUAGCUUUGGCUGUAUGAUUCUAGUUUGUAUGGAUGCUUAAACCGUGGAUUGGUUUCUUAGGGUUGUUAGAGAAAGAGCACACAGAGAAACAAGGUGGAAUAUAUGACUUAAUGGUCAGUUCUCCUGAAAUCAAUGUUCUUGAAUAGUUGAGCAAAGACGUUUUCUCUAGUUCCAUGUCCAUUGUAAUUGCUGGAAUUCAUCUUUAUUCAGCUAUUUGAUUCAGUAUAAAUUGUUGAGAAGUGUUUUUGUUAGAGUUCAAGUUGUUGUAAAGUGUCCCUUAUAUUUUUGAUUGCAUUGAAGAGAUGGAAACUCCAGUGAAGUACAUGUGCAUUCUCGUGUUUGUUGUGAGUAUGACCAUUGCAGGGUUCAAUGGAGUGGAUGGAACUAGUAAUUAUUAUGGUCCCUGUGGGAAACAUGACAUCGAGAAGGAGGCUCAGAAGCUGGCUCCAUGUACAUACGCAGCGAAAUAUUUCAGAGCUCCUGUUUCCGAGCGUUGCUGCACGAUAAUGGAGAAAAAGCUCAACAAUCCAAGCUGCCUUUGCGCAAUUUUGCAAUCUCGUACGGUAUACAAUGCCGGAGUGAGGCCAGAAGUUGCUGUCACCAUUCCAAAACGCUGCAACAUUGCUGUUCGUCCUGUUGGUCACAAGUGUGGAGCUUUCCCAUUUGUUUAAGACUGACUCACAUAGUUCAUCUUCCUGCACUACACUACUCAAUUUUAGCAGUAAAAGUAUGCCGGGUUUUGUCAAAGUUGCUAGUCGAUAUAGUCGAUAAGCUUCACUAUGAAACCCUAAAUAAAAUUGUUAUUGUAUCUUUCAAUUAUAAGUGAAAGUGUAGUUGUUUCUUUGAAUAAUAAUAAAUGAAAGGUUAGGUAUCUUUGCAGACCA